UGACCGGUUCAAGCUGAGACAGGGUAAAAUAACUCCCUCAAUGCCGUUGGAAGCAAAAAGACGAGGGAGGGGGAACUCGAAUGGAAGGCGUCGGUGCAACACAGAGGAGACAAUCGAGUUUGAUAGAGCUUUAAAAAAUGAAUAUAUCAGACGUAAAACCAACAUUAUCAAAAUAACAUUGUUACCCAGGAUACACGGGACUUUUUACAGUAUUUGACUGUCCCAUAUAUGUCAUUACUACAGGCAGUUGAGCCUUGUUUAUAUUGUUUUGCAAGCGAGCUUUGAACAGGGUCGGGAGGCCCAAUCUGGUGCGGGAAGCGGCCGCCUUCUUCGGAGUGUUGUUGAGUGGUUCGGUCUUUUCGCGCACCAAAGAAUAUGAAACAGGUGUCACGAUGACGUCCAGAUUUGGUAAAACCUACAGCCGUAAGGGAGGCGACGGCUCAUCAUCCAAGUUCGACGAGGUCCUGUCCAACAAGAGAGCCACGCUCAGCACCAAAUGGGGCGAGACGACAUACAAGGCCAAGGUGAGUUCCAAGCGCCCCGGCCCGAAGACUGAGGUGGCAGAGCAGCCCAAGAGGCCCAAACUCUCCAACGAGAGCUCCGAGGACCCUUUUGGGUUUGACAGCGAUGAGGAGUCCAAGACGGUCACCUCUCGCAUCCCACAGGCAAAAGUCUCCCCAGUCAAGCCGGCAUCCACAGAACUGCCCCUGACAGGGAGGCCAGGCUUGUCCCUGGAGUCCAGCAGCAGAACCAGCCUUGCUCCAAGUAGAGCAACCUCUAGUCUGGGGAUUGAUAGAACCCAACUGAGGGUCACAGAGGACACAGCCAGGUUCUUCAACACCACCCCCACAACAGCCAAGCCAAGCCAACCGAGCUGGUCUAAUGAGGGUGCGACUGCAGAGAAACAUAGCUACUCAUGGUACAGCAACGCCUCGGAGAGCGACAAGAAGCCCAUCGCUCAGACCACCACCCUAAAGAGCGAGGCCAAGGACUCUUACGACAACUGGGAUGCUGUGAUGCUUCUGGGGCCUACCUCGCCCACCCCAGAGCCCACUAGAAACCCCUCAAUGUGGGGUGGUGCGGGCAGCUAUGGCCUGGGUCUGGCCAGGGAGGACAAGCUAUCCCCAGAGCCGACCUCCAGUUACGUAUUGGGCCAGGGGGACUUCGAAGUCCCCAUUGAGCCCUCUGAGUUCCAGGACCACUCCCAGUCUCUCCUCAGGGCUAGCACCAACUGCCGGACCUACCACCGGCCCAACAAAGGUAAGCAGGCUGGGGACUCUGACAGCACCAGUAGUACUAGCACCAGUACCAGCACAUCCUUCAGUAGUGGGCCCGGAUCUGGCCCACUCAAGACCAACAAUACGGAGAACAGCAACAAGCCGGCGGGCCGUGGGAGGACGAGAGACUACACAGUGCUGCACCCGUCCUGCCUGUCAAUGUUUAACGUCACCAUUCAGGACCGGAUCAUGGAGGAAUACACCCCCGCUUCUGCCGUGGCUGCCCCCCUGACAGACCCGGGAGAGGCUGGCCGCCUGAAAAAAAAGAAUGAACCAGCACCGGCCAAGGCCAUCAGGUUCAGACCUACACAGAGCAAGGCCAAGAAAGACACCAAGCUGGACUUCUUUGGCUUCGAGGAAAACGAGGCAGGUCGUGGUGCCAACCAGGAGGGUGGCAGUUCAGACUCUGUGGCAUCCGGCAGCUCCAAUUACAAGAUUAAGUACUUUGGCUUUGACGAUAUGAGCGGCAGUGACAGCGACGAAGACGAGGGCUCCCACGCCAAAGAGAGGAAGGCUAAGAGGGCUGUAGCCACUGCUGCUGCAGCCACAGCCUCCCUUGCUGCCAUGGAGAUGAGGGUGGACAGCCCCCUGUCCAGCAGUGAGGAGCUGGACAGUCAGACCAGCAGCAACACAGGUCAGGGACAGGACCUCAGGCGUGAUGUGAUGGACUUCCCAGAGGACAACUCUGCCUCUGUGGGCCUAGAGAUGCCCAGGAGGCCUCAGGCAAAACAGGUGGAGAAAUCCAAGGAGAGCAGGGAGACCAAUAGGAAGAUCUUCAGUGGCCCCAAAAAGUCUCCCACUAAAGCUGUGUACAACGCCAGACACUGGAACAGAGAGCCAGAGGAGCUUCCCCCGCCACCCGUACCCCGAUCAACCACUGCACCCGCCAGCCAGUCGAGCGGCAGCAGCAAGGAUGCCAACUCUCACAAAGACGACGGCCUGUUCAAAGCGCCGCCAUGCCCGCCGCCCAAAGUCAUCAAGUCUGUGUCGUUCCCCACCGAGCCCUACCAGGACAUUGUCACUGCACUGAAAUGCAGGAAAGAGCACAAGGAGCUAUACACAGUAGUCCAGCAUGUCAAGCACUUCAACGACGUGGUGGAGUUUGGCGAGAACCAGGAGUUCACCGAUGACUUUGAGUACCUGGCCACUGGCUUGAAGAGUGGCCAGCCCCUCAACACACGCUGCCUUAGUAUCAUUAGCCUGGCCACCAGGUGUGCCAUGCCCAGCUUCAGAAUGCACCUGCGGGCCAGAGGGAAGGUGGCCCAAGUCUUCAAGACACUCAACGAUGCCCCACAGCACCCGAACCUCUCCCUGUGUACGGCCAGUCUGAUGUACAUCCUGAGCCGAGACCGACUCAACAUGGACCUAGACCGGGCCAGUCUAGACCUGAUGAUCCGCCUGCUGGAGCUGGAGGGAGACCACUCUGUGGCCAAGGACAACCAGCUCACUGCCAAGGAGAUGUCAAAGGUCAAGGAGAAGAUCCGCAAGCUGUGCGACACGGUGCACAACAAGCACCUGGACCUGGAGAACAUCACGACGGGGCAUUUAGCCAUGGAGACCUUGUUAUCGCUGACCUCCAAGCGGGCUGGGGACUGGUUUAAAGAGGAGCUCAGGCUCCUGGGAGGCCUGGACCACAUAGUGGAUAAAGUGAAAGAAUGUGUGGAGAACCUAAGCCACGAGGAUGACAAGGAGAAGCUGGUGGCAUCGCUGUGGGGAGCCGAGAGAUGUCUACGUGUGCUGGAGAGCGUAACUGUUCACAACCCAGAGAACCAGGGCUACCUGAUUGCUUAUAAGGACUCUCAGCUUAUCUGCUCCUCAGCCAAGGCCCUGUGGCACUGCGAGGAGAUGAUCCAGCGCUACAGCCAGGAGACUGGGGUGAACAAUGCCCUGUGCUUGGCGGGCCCCGCCCUGCCGUACGCCAGCCACAGCAAUGUGGGUAAGGCCGUGGAGGACUGCAUGAAGGCCAUCAUCGGCGUGCUGCUCAACCUCACCCAUGACAAUGAGUGGGGAAGCACGAAGACAGGCGAGCAGGCGGACAUGAUCAUGACAGCUUUGAACUGUGUGCUCCGCGUCCCACAGUACCUUCAUCAGGAGAGGAGGUUCGACAUCCGAGUACUGGGUCUGGGUCUGCUGAUCAACCUGGUGGAGUACAGUGCCAGGAACCGCCACUGUCUGAUGGAGAUGGAGAUGGACGGAGGAGCUCCCUUCAACUCUGUCCUGGUGGCUGACAAAGAGGAGCUCAAGAUGGAAGGAUCGCUCACUGCCAUCGCUGCCCUGGUGCAGCUCUUCCUCCAGCGGGAGCAAGCGGCCAUAGCGGCAGAGGCGGAGACGGAUGACUUCAUCAAUGACGUGCCCAAACCCAAGCUGGACCAGAGCGGUGAGUGGCAGGAGUCUGGUGGAGAGAUCCAGUGGGUGGCCUCGGAGAACAACAACACCAACGCAGUCAGCGAGAAGGAGAAAGCCAAGAAAGAGGAGGAAAAUGAGGAGCUAGACCUUACCAAAGCACUGCAGCAUGCUGGGAAGCACAUGGAGGACAGCAUCGUGGCCUCCUACACUGCUCUGCUACUGGGCUGUCUCUGCCAGGGGAGUCCAAUGAAUGUGACUACUGUGAGGGAAAACCUGCCCAAAGGAGAUUUCUCAAUAAUGACAGAAAUGCUCAAGAAGUUCCUAAAUUUCAUGAAUCUUACUUGUGAUGUGGGCACCGCAGGGCAGAAGUCCAUCUCUCGGGUCAUUGACUAUCUGGAGCACUGUUAGAGGCCUGAUUCUGUGGGGAGGGACUACACUGGGGGCUGACCGCUCGCUCGCCUCACACAGAGACCAAGUCCAGACAAACACACAGCCUGCUAAUAACAACCACCUAUCUUCAUCAUCGUCAACACCAUGUUCACUAUACAUACUGUUUCAGGCCUCCCUUCAAACACGCGAGGCCUGAAGCACUGUUUCAGCAUUCCACCGCUCCUAUUGUGACGUCUGUUUAGAACAGGAGAACUCUGAGCCGAUAACAUAAAAUAAGGACAACCUUCCGUUUAUAUGCUAGACGUUCUGUGUUUCAAACACUGUUUUUUAAAUAUUUUUUUCUGUUCCCUCACAAAAUUGUAAUUUAUGAUUCUCAGAAUGAUAUUCAUUAAAUGCAGAUUUUUUUGGGCGGGGUUUGUGACCCUUUUUCUUCAUUCGAUACCCCCAAUUGUGCUAUUCAGGUUGUACAUUUUAUAUAAACUCCUUGUAUCCCAAAUCGAUAUGUUGCCUUCUUGCUACAUCUGCCACAUCCACCAUUGUUUUUUAUGCCUGCUGUAAAAGAUGUCUCUCUCCCUGCCUCCCUCCCUCUGUUUACUUCCAAUUUGUCAUCAAAGUGCCUGUGUGCCUGAAUCCCCCCCCCCUCCCUCCUGAAACCAUAGAAAGCAUUCAGCAAUGACCCACACAACUGGAAUAGGAACGCAAAGCAAAAGCUCUCAGCCCGUUUUGAAAUGCUGAAAGCCCCCAGAGCCCAAUGGCCCCACUGCACUGAAGCGCUUUUAUUGCCUUCACGACUGUCCUGUGUGUGUGUGUGUGUGUGUGUGUGUGUGUGUGUGUGUGUGUGUGUGUGUGUGUGUGUUCUAAAAACCUCUGCCGUUGAGUGGAGAGUGUAAAAAGGAUUUAGAAAUGAACAAAUAGAUUUUCUUUCCGUUUCGAAGUACAUGGAGUGGCAAGGAUGAGAGAAUUGCUAGUUUGGUGAGCACCUCACCUCUGUCCAAGUCGAUACUUUCGGAGAUUGUAGUUCUUCAAGGACAAACCUGAAAUGGUCCUCAUCUGUAGUUUUCACUGACGUGAGAGAACUACAUAAUUUUGUCUGUAGCCCCCCCCCUAUCAUUAUUGGUUAUGGCCAACAGGAAAGUAUGGAUGUUUGUCUUUAAUUUGUACUGCAGAGACUAUUGGGUCUGCAUGACCACAGUGCUUCAGCUAGCUGUUAAAGGCUGUAGAACACACAAGUGUUGGUUUUCUGUUUCUGAAUAAAUACAUGCCAGUCUGGCAUUAAGUUAUAUUCUUCUUCCUCGCUUCAAUUUAUUUUUAAGCUUUUCUCCAAAAAAUCAACUGGAUUAAAAGGAUACAGUAUAUAUUUUUUGCUUUUUAAUUUAAGCACUUGAAUUGAUAAGAGCGCUGUUGUUCAUGAACUGAGCCUCUCGGUUUAACGGUUGCUGUAUCCAUACUCUCCGUUCUGAGUUUCAUAAUGUGAUGCCCAUUAUAUAACCAACCUGUUUAAUAGCCAGUGUUCUCAGUUUUGUUCAACUCAGGCUUGAUUGGGAUUGCGAUGGGCUGCAUGACGUUGUCAGCUAAUUCAUUGGUUAUAUGCCGUUUCUCAUAGUUUUCUCCUGUACAAUCCUCUUAUCCCAGCUUGAAUGCGGAGGUUAGUCGGUCGUGGGGCUGUUUGGGGUUAAGAUGUACAGAAUUGGGGAGAUGAAGUUUACCCAUUUUAUUUCCUAAAGUUGCAUUCGUUCCCCUUUGUAUAUUUCCGACAUGUUUUUGUUUCUCGUCUAAGACGCGCACGCACACCCACAGCCAUGCAGACAUUAAAUCUUCAGCCAUCUCCAUGCACACACCCUCAUCAAUACUUUCUAAGAUGUUAAGCCUCUUGUAUUUCAAUCUGAUGUACGCUGUAGUCGGGAGCCACACCAGUCAUUUUUUUUGUCUUGUUUCUUUAGCUUAAUUAACACUUCUGAAGUUUACAAGAGCUUUAUUCACAAAUCUGGAAAUGGAUGGAACAAUGUAAAUACUUUUGUAAAUAUUGCCUAUUGGAAAUUUAGAAAUGGUAGACUACUUUUCUGAAUCCAAUCCAAUUUAUUUUAUACAGCAUUUUCAGUUGUGUUAUUUGAAAGACAGAUUUAAAAAGGUGUAAAAAGCCAAAUGCAGGAACAUGCUCUUUGUACCAAUUUCAAGAAUGUCUUUGGUUACUUGUAUAUAAUUUUAACUUGAAUAAAAAUUGCUACUUUCAGUA